AUCAACAUGAUCAAUGGCCGCAGUUCUACAUUACAAAAUGGUUCUAGCGCCACAGACACAUCAAGAUGGAUGGUUCUUAUCAUACAAUGCUAGUCAGUGUAGCGUUUUAUAGUAAAGGCCACAGGGGAUUGCUAAUUUAUUCGGAGCUGACCGCCUAGCUGGGUCACGAUGGCCCGCUACCAGGUAGACGUGUACCUUCCCCUGGAGGAAAAGACUACAGCAGACCCGGGGGUCAGAUUCUACCUGCAGGCGCUUUACGCCAACCCCCUGGGGCUGGGUCAGACGGUCAACCUCGUGAUGUCCAUCUACAUGCCCUUCUACAUGGUGCUCACCGUCUCGCUCAUUUGUUUCGCCUUAUGGGUCUUUAGGUCCAUCUUCCUGCGUAACCUCAUCACACAGCCCUGCAUGCUGAUAUACCUGAGGUGCCAUCUCAUCCUGAUCCUGACCGGCCCCUGGUACGUCUGGCUGGUCCAGUUCGUGGGCUUCCACCUGAAUGUAUCACAGCUGUAUUCGUGCUUCCUCCUUCUGUGGGCCCACAACAGUGCCAUGAUAUCAACCUCCAACCUGCUCAUCUUGAUGAUCUUAGAAAGGGCGGUAACUAUAGGCAGACCGGAAUCUGUGUGGGCAGUGUGGCGCAAGUCUUGCCGAAAGAUUGCCUACUUGAUCAUCACGGCGUCUAUGGUGUACGCAGGAGGGGGACUGUUGUGUAUUCACGGAGAGGAGCUGGUCCUAACCUACAAGCAGGACCCCAUCUGUAUGCCGUGGUGGGACAACGAAAGGGGGACAGAUCACAGGUGGUACAAGCUGGUGGCCAUUGGUUUCUCCCUUCUCCCCUGCGUCGCCGUCAUCUUCUCCCUGAUGUUCCUGAUGGUGCAGGUGGGGCGCUUCCGGCUGGUGCUCAGGUCGGGCGUGGAGGCGCUCAACCACUACAACGCCCUCUUCAUCGAGAUCAAGGCAACCCUCCACUUCAAGUUCAUCAAAACCCUCACGUGGUUGGGUUUGCUGUUUGUGCUCAUGUGUGGCCCUGUAGGGGUUUUUAUUUGUGUUGGUCCAUUCAUAAAAUCGAGACUUGAACUCAGGGAACAGAGGGAGCAGAAGUCACUGAAAGACUUGCAGGUGCUGGCCAACAGGACCGGCACUGACAACUCGACCACCCCCACCCCAGUGCCGGAAGACACGGCAUAUUCAGCUCAGUACAACGCCUACGCACGGCUGAGCCGGAGCGACGCCGAGACCAUAGUGUGGAUGGUGUACUACAGCUUCAGUCUCUUGGUGGUUCCAGUACUUCUGUCGACUGAGAUUCUUUUUUACCGCGAGUUCAAGGGGCGGACAGUUCAAGUGAUGAAUUUUAUCCUGUGUCGUAAAGUCCCCACACCCCAGUGGAGCGGUUUAGAUUUUUUCACAUCGGAGAUGGCCCCCGACCAACUCGUUGGCCCGUACGUGGCCAGGAGCGACGAGUACCUUUCCUCAGCCCGGACCCCCGUGACGGAGAAGGAGGUCAAGGUCAUCCGGGUGUACGACGCCAGCAAGGCCGUGAAAGCCGGACGUGUCGUCACCGGCGCCUCCUUGGCGGGAAGCAAAAAAACCAGCGCGGCCGACGUGAGCCGGCAGAAACCGGUGCCGGCCGCACGGAAGCAGACGGCGGUUAAAAAUACCAAGGCGAAAAAGGCGGAGAAACCCGCGCAGCAGAAGAGAAAAGCGUUCACCCGUAAAUCCAACAGUCAAGAGGUGCAACAUCCCAAGUCAGACGACAGCAGCUCAACGUGAUGGCGCAUGCGCAGGAUGAGAUGACGUCACAUGUUAAGUAAAGUAAAAAAAAAUAUGAAAAUUCUGACUGGGAACUGGGAUGAUACAAAAAAAACUGCUUAUAACUAAUUUAUUUUUAUAAAACCAAAACAACAGGACGUAUAGGUGCAGAUAUUUUAAAGUAUCAAUUCGUAUUCGCUCAUGCGAGAAUACAAUUAUUUUAAAGAUCAGUUCGUAUUAACGCUGGCUAAAAUUCCAAUAUAUGACGGAAGGGUUUACAUCUAUACUUGUAAGAAUUCAAAUAAUAAAGGAAAUGUCCGUAUGCCGUUCUUUGUUUGGCCCAGGAGAAAUGCAAGGUGUAGAAUGACUUUUGAGGACUUUACAGCUAUAUAUAUUAUUUGACUUUUUUCUCUUCCUCUAUUCCCCUGAAUCACUCAGGAUUUUAUUUUUAUGUUCAUAUAGUUAUAUACAUUGUGUGAUUUUUAUA